AUGGAUAGCAACAACAUCAGCUUAGAUGUCUUCGAGGAAUCUAUUCCUGAUGACUGCGAAUACUCUCCUCCGAUUUUCUUGGAGUGGAAAAUGUUUUUCGUGGGAAUCAUCGGACUCAUCGUGGCACUCAUCAGUAUAAUCCACAAUUCCCUUCUCUUCUACACAUUCAAUACAUCUACAGUACUUCGGAAAAGGAAUCUAACGUACUUGAUGUGGAUCUCAGGAUGUGAUGUUUUCAUUUCCCUAUGUUAUAUUGCAAUUAUGUGUGUACAGGUUUACACUGAUUUUUUCGAGUCUUUCAACCUCUUGGUGCUUUGGCACGAAUAUCUUCGUGCUGCCUUCACAGUUUCCCAUAUCACAUUAUCAGCUGCCUCAUUUCUUCUGAUGGCUGCAACAAUCGAGAGAUAUCUUCAGAGUACAGCUGAUAACCGAACACUAAAACUAUUCCAAAUUCUCGCUACCCAUCGAACGUAUGUGGUCUUCUGCUGCUUCCUGGCAAGCUUCAUUUUUCGUGGAACGGUUUUCUUCGAAAUUGAGGUUGUAACCCAACCAAAUUGUACUGGAUUUUCAUCAAUGGGUUUGGCAGUUGUUCCAAUGUUUGGAGAAAAUAUGGAUGUUGUAUGGAGAUUCUUCGUCAGAAAGAUUGUCACAGUUUUUCUACCUUUUGCAGUCCUCGCAUAUUUCAAUGCUGCAAUUGUGAUGAAUGUUCGGAGAACUGACAGAGAUCAAACUGUGAAAGCACUGGUUCUAUUUAUCACUGUUGGAACGAGAGGAGAAGUAACAAGGCUGAGAUCUCGAUUGAGAGCAGUUACUCGAAUGUUGGUUAUGGUUGUAACUGGAUAUCUUUUAGCUAAUAUUCUGGAUAUUAUCAUUGCAUUCUGGGAGACUGUCAAUAUCCAGAGUCUUCAAGAUCUUCCUUCUUUAUAUACAGUACUUUCUGACGUAUCAUCGUUCCUUCCGAUUGCUGCAUGUGCUCUCCGACUACCCAUUUAUACGAUUAAUGAUAGACAAAUACGAGUAGAGGUCCGUCGCAAAUUCUGUGACCUGAUAACUCAAUGCUGUAGAUGUUGUCCAUGUGUUUUAUGUGACAAUCAUCAACGGAAAAAGCUCUAUGAUCAUCAGUUGGAAUCAGAAAGACUGUUUCCGAAAAACGAACCAACUCCGAAGCUUGAGAUCAGAAACUAUGGACUCCAAUCGCUGAUAAUGGCUCGAGCUUCGCUUUCAACUAAAGAAAUCUAUGACAUUCAACGGUUCCGUGAGAGUUAUGACGUCUGA